AUGGUACCUUCUGCACAGCCGGGUUUCAACCUGGAGUCCCUUCUGGAACAGCUCAGCCAGGAAGAGUUGAGGGAGUUCAAGCGUCUGCUGAGGGCCCUUUCCCUGCAAGAUGAAUUACAGCACAUCCCUCUGACAGAGGUAGAGGAAGCCGAUGGGAAGAAGCUGGCAGACAUUCUCAACAACCGCUGCCCCAGCCAUUGGGUAGAGACAGUGACCAUUCAGGUCUUUGACAAGAUGAACCGAACAGAUCUGUCUGAGAAAGCAAAGGAUGAGCUCAGGGAGUUCCAGCUAGCCAGGAGCGUGGAGCUAUGUCCUUCCUAUCCCCUCCCUCCUAUCGCUGAAGGUAAACAAGAUAAGCACAAAAGCAUGUCAGAAGAGGAGGCCUGGCGGAGCUGGAAGAACUUUUGGCCUGGAGCCGGUGAAAACCUCCAAACCAUCACCCAGAGAUACGAGACACUGGUCCCAACCUGUAAUCCUAAAGCGCCUGCAGGGCCCUUUGCACAGACGGUGGUGCUGCACGGCCCCGCGGGCGUCGGGAAGACCACGAUGGCCAAGAAGUGCAUGCUGGACUGGGCGCAGCGCAGCCCGGCACAGGCCUGCCCCGCCGCCUUCUAUCUCAGCUGCAAGGCGGUGGGCCGCAAGGGGCCCUGCACGCCGGCAGAGCUGCUGUCCGAGAGCGCCCCCGACCUGCAUGACGCCCUUCCGGGGGCCCUCGCCGAGGCGCAGAACGUCCUGCUGGUCAUCGACGCCUUCGAGGAGCUGCGCGCGCCCGCGGCGGUGCUGGCGCACGACCCGGGCGGCGACUGGGGCAGGCCGAGGCCGGCGCCCGCCGUCCUGGGGGCCUUGCUGAAGAGGAAGCUGCUCCCCACGGCCACGCUGCUGGUCACCACGCGGCCCGAGGCCCUGAGGGAGCUGCGGCUGGUGCUGGAGCAGCCGCUCCUGGUGGAGGUGGAGGGGCUCUCGGCGCCGGACCGGAGGGCGUAUUUCCGGCGGCACCUGGGCGGGGAGGCGCAGGCGCGGCGCGCGCUCCGGCUGCUGCGCGGCCACGCGGCGCUGUGCGGCCCGGGCGCGGCGCCCGCCGUGUGCGGCGUGCUGUGCGCCUGUCUGAAGCUGCCGGGGGCCGCGGGCGCCGACCCCGGCCGCGCCUGCCGCACCGCCACGUCGCUGCUGCUGCGCUUCCUCUGCAGCCGGUUCGCGCCCGCGCCGGGCGGCACCCCGCGCCCCCGCGCCCCGCUGCGCGCGCUGUGCCUCCUGGCGGCCGAGGGCGUGUGGGCGCAGACCUCGGCGUUCGACCCCCGGGACCUGCGCGGGCUGGGCGUGGGCGAGGCCGCGCUGCGCCCCUUCCUGGAGCGCGGCCUCCUGCAGGAGGGUGGGGACUGGCCGCGCUGCUACCGCUUCCUGCACCCGAGCCUGCAGCACUUCCUGGCGGCCGCGCUCUACGUCCUGGGCGGCGGCGCGGGGGAGCCCGGGUGGGACGCUCGCGGGGUGCAGAGGCUGCUCUCCGACGAGGAGGCACUCGGGAACCCCCACCUGGCCCGCGUGGGGCGCUUCCUAUUCGGCCUCGCCAACGAGGACCGGGUCCGGGAGCUGGGGGCCACCUUCGGCUGCCCGGUGUCCACGGAGGUCAAGCGCGAGCUGCUGCGAUGCACGGCGAGGUCCCGCCAGAGCGGCGCCUUCUCGUCGGCGGCGCACGCCCGGGAGGCCCUGGGCCGUCUCUACGAAUCGCAGGAGGAGCCGCUGGUGAAGGAGGCCAUGGCGCCGGUCACCGAAGUGUCGCUGCACCUGAAAGACGCCCCGGACCUCGAGCACGCGUCCUUCUGCCUCAAGCACUGCGAAAACCUGCGGACACUGCGUCUGCGCGUGGAAAAGGGCGUGUUCCUGGACGUCGACAGUGCGUCCGAGGCCGAGGCCCAGGCUGCCGGGUCCCAGAAUGAUGAACACAUGCUCCCUUUCUGGAUGGACUUUUGUUCUGUGUUCGACUCCAACAAGAAUCUGGUAUUUCUAGACAUCAAUCAGACCUUCCUGAGUAACUCAUCAGUGAGGAUUCUAUGUGAGAAAAUUGCCUCUGCUAACCAUAAUCUUCAGAAAGUGGUCCUCAAAGAUGUGUCCCCGGCGGAUGCUUAUCGGGAUUUCUGCGUUGUCUUUCGUGGUCAUGAAACACUAACCCAUCUGACCCUUCAAGGAAAUGACCAGGAUGAUAUGCUUCCCAUAUUGUGUGAGACCUUGAGACACCCCAGAUGUAAUCUGCAAUGCCUCAGGUUGGUAUCUUGUUCUGCCACUGCUCAGCAAUGGGCCCAUCUCUCCUCCUCCCUCGAGAUCAACCAGUCCCUCACAUGCCUGAACCUCACAGCAAAUGAGCUUACAGAUGAGAGUGCCAAGUUGUUGUGCAAGACUCUGAGACACCCCAAGUGCUUACUGCAGAGGCUGUCGUUGGAAAACUGUCACCUUACAGAGGCCUGUUGCAAGGAGCUCUCUUCUGCUUUGAUCGUCAACCAGAGGCUGACACACCUGUGCUUGGCAAAGAACGCUCUCGGAAAUGGUGGGGUAAAACUUCUGUGUGAGGGCUUGAGUUACCCCGACUGUCAACUACAGACGCUGGUGCUUUGGUACUGCAGCAUAACCAGCAAUGGCUGCCAUCAUCUGUCAACCCUUCUCCAGCAAAAUUCAAGCCUUACACACUUGGAUCUGGGGCUGAAUCACAUAGGAAUUACUGGACUGAAGUUUCUGUGUGAGGCUUUGAAGAAGCCAACGUGUAACCUCAAAUGUCUAUGGUUGUGGGGAUGUGCCAUCACCCCCUUCAGCUGUGAGAUUCUCGCGUCUGCCCUCAGCAGCAACCAGAGCCUGAUCACUCUGGACCUGGGCCAGAAUUCUUUGGGGUAUAGUGGAGUAAAGAUGCUCUGCGAUACCUUGAAACUUCAGCGUUUCUCCCACCGGACACUCAGGUUGAGGAUAGAUGAAUCUGAUCCUCGAAUCCAGAAACUGCUGAAAGAAAUACAAGAAAGUGACUCACAACUGACCAUUGAGAGUGAUAAGCAAGAUCCAAACAACAGACCUUCUUCAUAUGACAUUUUCUGAAUCCCCUGGAGUUAUUCAUUCUCCAGUAAAGUCUGAGAUUGUCAAGGUGACAGGGGAACUUCCUCUGAACCCUCUCAGUGAUGUUAGGUACUGGGCCAGAUGUUCUUUUAGCCUCAGGAGUGACUUUGGCUUCCAUAAAACACACACAAGUGACUUAGCUCUGUUAUGGGCGGAAUGUCUGUAUCUCGAGUCUAUCAAGAAAAAUA